GAAGCAAUCCACCUUGGAAAUCCUGGGAUAUGCGGGCGACAACGACGUAAUACCCUCUCUGCACAACAAUCCCAUCCUCCGACAGCCAUUGACUGAUCACGACAAUGGGUGCGGGCUCCUCGAAACCAGCAGACGCGCACGUCUGGAAGGCCCCUGGCCCCGUCGGCGUGUCCCAAGAUGUCGUUGACUCUCUCCAGACAAAUCGCGAGAGCGACAUCUCGCGAGCGCAAACCCUCGAGCUAGCCGUUCAGGCGCGUGUGGCCGAAGAGCUGCGGAAGCUGCAGGACAAGGAAAACGCAGCGCUCAAGGCGGCGCAGCAAAAGGCUGCCGAGAUCUCAGAGCAGGAGGAAAAGGCCGCGCAGUCCCAGAACAACCGGCAGGCCGUGUCCAAGGAGGUCGAGACGCUGCGCUCCCGCCUCGAGAAGCGCAAGCAGGUCAAGGAGCUGCCCGAGUCGGUCGAGCGGACCCGCAGCGAACUCGUGUCCUGCCUCAUGGAGAACGACCGCCGGCCGCUCAACUGCUGGAAAGAGGUCGAGGCAUUCAAGGAAGAGGUCCGCCGGCUCGAGAAAAGCUGGGUCGACAAGGUUACCCAGUAGGCAAAAGCGAAAUGGCGAGAAAGAGAUUGCCAAUGAAGGCCGGUGGUCAGCGCGGCCCAGGCAGUAUACAGGCUGCCCUUUUUAGCACUCAUGGCCGUCUAUGUAUUGUAACGAACGUUGGGCGCAGUCGUGAUACACGACUUUAUAGAUAGACUCAAGGUCUACGAUGGUAGAGCAUCCCUGGGGGCGCAAUGUCAUGUCAUGUUAGGAUCGAGGAGGCUAUCCUUUGAGAC